AUGGAUGUUACAUCCGCAUCAAAUACUAGUCUCACGCUCUUCGACCGCUCCGGAAACCCUCGCGCCAUGCUGAACUCAUCUGAAAUGACAGCCUUCCGCACCGCCCUCGCAAGCACAAUGCUCUUUAAGAAACGAGCAAAUGUCCACGACGUAACAGUCUUCGGCGCAGGGAAACAAGCUUACUGGCACAUCCGUCUUGCGCUCCUGCUACGCGGACCGGAUAUCCAUCAUCUCAAUAUCAUAAAUCGGGAUUUCGAACGCGUACAUCAGUUAUUGGAGAAACUAUACGAUCCCGACUCCGCUCCUUCGACGUUCAACCCAGAUCCAAACCACGUGCCAACCUACCGCCGCGCAUCAGGCCCAGAGAAAAGCAAAGCAACAGGAAAAGAAACCCAACACCAAUACCUCCACCGCCCCAAAAUCCAAAUCCUCACCCCCGGCCACGGCGAAUACCCGCGCCUCCUGCACGCCACCCUCCGCUCCUCCUCCGUCCUAUUCCUCUGCACCGCCUCGCCCACCCCCCUCUUCCCCGCGCCCAUCCUAACGAACCCCGAAGGCCGAAAAAAAGGCCGCUACAUAGCCGCCAUCGGCUCCCUCUCGUCCCUCGCCACAGAACUACACCCAGACAUCCUACGCCAAAACGUCGCGCCCGAGCACGGCCACCGCCAUUUCCACAAGCACGCAAAGCAGAGUGGGGCAGUGGUGGUGGAUAGUGUGGAGAAGGCUUUGAAAGAGGGUGGGGAGGUGGUGCAGGCGGGGUUGGGUCCGGAUCAGGUUGUUGAAAUUGGGGAGUUGGUUAUGUUGAAGAGGGAUGCGGAGAGGAGGAGACGGGAGUGCUUGGCUGGGAAAGGGUUGAUGGAGGCGGAGGGGCUGGAUACGGGGGGUGUGGAGUUUGGCGAGUGCGAGAUGAAUCGGAGGGAGAAGACGGAGAAGGCUAGGAGAGGGAGUAGUGGGAAGAAGGAGAAACAUCAUGAAGGAGAGGACAAGGCGCAUAAGAGCUUGAUUGAGUGGUUGGUCAAGGGGAAUGUGAUUUAUAAGAGUGUGGGACUGGGUCUUACGGACGUCGUGGUGGGCGGUGACCUUGUUCGCAUAGCGAAUGAGCGCAGUAUCGGCACGAGGAUCGAUAACUUCUAG